AUGGCAUCAGAACAUAAGGAUUGUGAUGGACGAAUACGAUGUCCUUGUGUGAGAUGUAUAAAUAGUAGGUUUGAAAAAAUAGAUAGGGUUAGAGCACACGUAUUUGAUCGAGGUUUUAUGCAAGGAUAUGAUAAGUGGAUUUAUCACGGGGAGCCUGAGGAUGCCGUCGUUGAUGUAGCAGUUGCUGAUGUUGAAUCAGAGGAUGAAAUGAUUCCUAUUUUAGAAGACUUCUUUCCCUCUACAACUGAGGAACCACAAGGAGAAGAUGAACAACCAACCACAAACCCACAAUUUGAUGACUUAUUUGAGGAAAUUGAAGCUGAAUUGUAUCCCGGUUGUGAUUGGAUUUCAUCUCUUAACUUUUUAGCAAAGCUAUUGCAUUUAAAAGUUAGGGGAAAAAUUCCUAAUAACAUCUUUGAAGAAUUAUUGAAGCUUUUAAAGUUUGCGUUUCCGAAGGAAAAUAAUAUUCCAUCAACUUACUACGAGGCAAAAAAGAGAUUGAAGAAAUUAGGCUUGGGUUAUGAUAAUAUCGAUGUCUGUUUGUAUAAUUGCUGCUUAUUUUAUAAGGAGAAUGCAUCCAAGGAGGCUUGUCCAGUUUGCGGAACUAGUCGUUGGGUUACUUCCGAAAACGGGAAAAGAAAAAAAGUUCCUUGCAAAGUCAUGCGAUACUUUCCGUUGACACCUCGACUUAAAAGAUUAUAUAGUUCGAGGAUUACAGCGAAAAGCAUGAUAUGGCAUCAUACUGGAAAAUCAAAAGAUGAUGGGGUGUUGCGACACCCGGUCGAUGGUUUAGCUUGGAAAGACUUUGAUGCAAAACAUCCCGAGUUUGCAAGGGACCCAAGAAAUGUUCGACUUGGGUUAGCUGCUGAUGGAUUUAAUCCAUUUGGCAACAUGAGUCUUGCAUACAGCAUGUGGCCAGUGGUGUUGGCUAACUAUAAUCUACCACCUUGGUUAUGUAUGAAAGAUAAUUAUUUUUUGCUCUCUACCCUAAUUCCUGGUGCAAAAUCUCCAGGUAAAGACAUGGAUAUAUUUUUAAGACCUUUGGUGGAUGAAUUAAAGGAGUUGUGGAAUAAUGGGGUAGCAACGAGAGAUAGUUCGACCAACUCGAUGUUCACCAUGCGUGCUGCGCUUUUGUGGACAGUGAAUGAUUUUCCUGCUCGUAGUAGCUUGUCUGGGUGGAGUGGUCAAGGUUAUAAAGCUUGCCCCACUUGUAAUGAAGACACGACGUCCAUUCGAGUGAUCGGGAAGACAUCAUAUGUUGGUCAUCGAAGGUUCUUGCCAAGUAACCAUGCAAUGAGAAGGGAUACUCGAUUUGAUGGUAAAGCUGAAAGAAGACCUCCUCCAAGACGAUUUACUUGUGAAGAAAUAUUAUCAUAA